UGUUAUGACAUGUUAUGCACAGGUGACAGGUGUAUGCAGAAAGUUUGUGGCCUCAUUGGACGAAAGACGAUUUUGAAGUACAACGUGAAAAGUAUAUAUUAUUGUGGGAGUAGGAGAACAAAUGUGCAUUUAGGUUUUACUAAUUUAAGUCAAGAGCGUCAAGUGAAUUAUUGUUCCAAGGUGAUUUGGACAAACUAUGGCGUCAGUUCGAGUUGCUGUCCGAGUUCGACCCUUGAACAAGAGAGAAAAAGAAAUGUCAGCGAAGGUGAUCGUCCGCAUGGAGGGAUGUUCAACUUCCAUACUAAACCCAAAGCACAUAUCCAAAGGCGUUCCAGCAGAUGAAAUAAAAGAUGAAGGGAAGACAUUCUCUUUUGAUUUCUCCUAUGAUUCUACUGAUAUCAGAGGAGGCAGCUUUGUACCUCAGGAACAGGUUUUCCAAGACUUGGGGAGUGAGGUUUUGACAGCUGCGUUUGAGGGGUAUAACGCCUGCGUCUUCGCGUAUGGACAGACAGGCUCGGGGAAAUCCUACACCAUGAUGGGGAAUCCAGGCGAUGCGGGGCUGAUUCCAAGGAUCUGCGAAGGCUUGUUCUGUCAAGGAGCUGCAAACAGCCAGACUGAUGGGACGUCCUUCCUCAUGGAGGUCAGCUACAUAGAGAUCUACAACGAGAGAGUGCAGGACCUCCUCCAGAAGACGACCAUGGUGAAGGGCAGUCUGAGGGUGAGAGAGCAUCCCAAGGAUGGGCCCUACGUCCAGGGCCUGUCCAAGCACCAGGUGCAUCACUACAGCGAGGUGGAGGACCUGAUGGCGUGGGGGAACGCCAGGCGCACCACGGCCUGCACGGCCAUGAACGAUGUCAGCAGCCGCUCACACGCCAUCUUCACCAUCAGCUUCACGCAGGCUCGGUUCGACCCUGCCCUGCCUUGUGAGACGGUGAGCAAGGUCCACCUGGUGGAUCUGGCAGGCAGCGAGCGGGCAGACGCCACGCGCUCCUCCGGGGCCAGGCUGAAGGAGGGGGCCAACAUCAAUCGCUCCCUCGUCACGCUGGGCAGCGUCAUCUCAGCACUGGCUGACCUGAGUGACAGUGGGCAUGGACCCCAGUCCUCCAGGAAGAGGAAGCUGGUGUUCGUUCCCUACAGAGACUCGGUUCUGACGUGGCUUCUGAAGGACAGUCUGGGAGGGAACUCCAAGACCAUCAUGAUCGCAGCCCUUUCCCCUGCUGAUGUCAACUACGGAGAGACUCUUAGCACCCUGCGCUACGCUAACAGAGCUAAAAACAUUGUCAACUCUCCGAUGGUGAACGAGGACCCGAGCGUUCGGGUCAUCAGGGAGCUGCAGGCGGAGAUUGCCAGGCUGAGAGAGAUGGUGGGCCCGGCCAAUCAGGACUUCUCAGGGGAUCCGGCCUCCACGCUCCGAGUGGAGAAGAAACUUCACCGGAACGAGGCCAAGGUGCUGGAGCUGACCAAGGAGUGGGCGAGCAAGUGGGGCGAAACGCAGAACAUCCUCAAGAGAGGACUCCUGGUCUCUGCUGUUCCUCGGGUCCGCAGUCCGCACACACCCAGACACUGGCACGACCCCAUGACCCCCGUUCGCGUGACUAGACAUUACGUCUCCUGGAUCCACAGACCUUCUCUGGAGGGAACAGUCUCCCUGGGUGCUGUGGUACAGCUCGGCAGGGGCACCAUGUUCCGUUUCAACCAUCCCACUGAAGCGGCCCAGCUCAGAGAGAAACGCAAGAGCGGUCUCCUGUCCUGUUCCAGGCUGUGUGUCUCUGUGCCAGACCUCUCCAGACCCUCUGAGAGCCUGGCCAAGGCCAUGCUGCUCUACCCAGGGUUGGAGUUUGAGAAACGGCAACAAGAAAAACUGAAGAAAUUGGAAAAUCGUCGGAAGCAAGAGGCGGAGCCACAGAGCGAGGGGGUGGGGCCAGUAUACGAGGAGGUGGAGCCAGGGAUUGAGGAGGUGGGGCCUGGGUGCGAGAAGGCGGGGCCCGGGAGCAAGGAGGUGGAUCGGCAAAGUGAGGGGGUGGAGCCAGAACCUGAAGGGGCGGAGCCUGGGGGCGGACAGCGAGGGGAGGAGGACCUGAGCGAGGGAUGCUUGGACGCCUGUGAUGAGGAGAGGAGAGGAGAAGAGGAGGAGGAGGGUGCUAACGAGAGGAGAGAGGACCAGAGGAAGCUGCAGUCUGCACAACCUGGGGUCGACGCCCGGAAAAACAAAACAGGCUCUGUGUGGAUGGACAGCCCGUCUGCGCUGAACAGAUCCAGACUGCCUCGGCUCACCGUGCCCUCUGUCCCACCAGGGACCUGCGCCGGCACGAAGGAGGUCGUACCGUGGACCCGCGUCGUCUUCCCCCCUCACUCGGCCCCGGGCGGAGACGUCCGUCAGCGAGGGGUAAGCACCAGGGACGCCCUGGAGCAGGAGAGGGACUCGUCUCAUGAAUCAGGGCCAGAGAUGGUGUGGGGCGGGCGGGGUGGGGGCGAGGCUGGGGCUGGGUCUGGGGACGAGGAGGAGGACAGUCCAGGGGAAGUCUUCCUCCGCCAGGUGCCUGUCUCGGGCCGGGGUGAUGGAUGCUUGGCGGGGCCGGAGGGGCACGCUAACGAGAGGCAGGGCGUCCUGGCUGACGGCUGCGAGGGCUCGCCGGGCUCAGAGGGGAGCUCAUUAGACGACUCGGCCCUCCUGCGGGGCGCGGCGGGAACCACGCAUCUGCCCGGCCGUCCACACGCCGACGCUCUGCUCUCCGCAGACCCGCGGCAGACACGUCAGGCAGGUCCUGGUUCACCGGAAGAAGCCGCCCUGGAGGGCCGGUUCAGCCUGGCUUUGAUGGAUGGAUCCAGGCCGGUGGUGGAGGGGCAGGGGGGCUGCGAGGCAGAGUCCCAGGCAGAGGAGGUGCUAGACGGGGAGCAGGCCUCAGGGCUGGGCUCUCUGGUCAGCAGGGUGUCGUGGGUGUUCCAGGACGCGGGGAGGUUUCUGCGUGGCUCUCCCAGGGUCCUACAGCCCCUCCAGACCCAGACAGCCAGGUCCAGCUGGUCCAGUCAGGUGGCGUCUCUGGUGCUGGACAGCCAGGCCAUGUCGGUGGUCAAGGAGAGCCAGGUCUUCUCCCUGAUCAGAGACAGUAUGGUGUUCUCCUUGGUGAAGGAGCUACCGUUGGUCCAGAACUUCCAGAUGGAACUCAACCAGGAUCUUCAUCCUGUAGAGUCAGUUCUGGCCCUUCAUAGUCCCCCUGCCCUCUGUCUGCCCCCGCCCCCCCCUGGCCAGACCCCUGCCGAGGCUACAGACCCACCACAGCACCCCAGCACUGCAGGGGAAGGACACCAGAAGGCAACUCUCCAGGAGCUGGUACCGUCACAGGAUCAGGACAGCAAUCGAGCUCCCGAAGAAUCACAGGAACAACCCGAGUGUAAAGAGUCUGAGGGAACUGGGAUUGAAGAACCGCAAGUCACCUACGGAACCAAAGACCAGGACUCGCCCUCACUUGAGGAGGAGAACACAGGCUUAGCCCCUGUGGUGGCCCAGGAAGGUUCUGUGGUGGCCCAGGAAGGUUCUGUGCUGGUCCAGGAAGGCUCUGUGCUGGCCCAGGAGAGUGAGGGUGUUCCCGUGUUUUAUCAGAGCCUGGUGGACUUCCCUUCCAACUUGCUGAAGCUCCGGUCCCUCCCCCUGCCCAGCCUGGUAACCCACCUCCAGUCUGCCCUCCCAGCAUCGCUACUCAGCUCUCAGAAGAUCCUGGCCGUGUACUGGCUCAGCGCGGCCACUCGCAGCCAGCCCCUCCCUCAGCCAGCCCUCCUCAUCCUCCUGGAGUCGGCCCUGUACACCCUGACCUCUGACCCCGCUCCCCUGGCCCUGUUCCACCAGCUGCCUCUGCUCCAGCUGAGGGAGGUGCAGGUGGGCUUCGCGGGGCAGAGCGUGAGGCUGCUGGGGCCCACCGAGGACAGCCUCCUCAGCCUCCACACCCUCAGCCCCAGGCUGACCCAGGAGCUGUGCCGCACCCUGCUGGCGGCGGUCCGUCCUGGGGACGUCCACGCCCCUCGCCACCCCCUCCUCCAGGGUGACCUGCCGGGGCUGUCCCUGGCUUGGGGAGCCCCCGUCCCCGACCUGCUGCUGGACGCAGGGCUGCGUGUGUGCUGCCAGUUCCAGAAGAGCCUGGCUGACCUGGUGUACCUGCUGCACGGGAACAUGGAUGAGGGCCGGCCCAGCCUGGGGGAGGUGCGCCUGCUGCUGUACACCAGCGUGGGGGUGUGUGUGAGCCCCCGGCCGCGGCCCCAGCCCCGAGCCCAGCUCCUCCUCACAGACACGCACCUGGCCCUGCUGCAGGAGGACGGGGUGUUCCACCCCCCCCCCCGCUCCCUCCGUCUGGCCCCCCUCCGGCCGCAGUUCCAGGGGCUGUCGCUACGCCGGCGCUCCCAGAUACGCUGCGUGCUGGUGCGCGACGGCGGGAACGGGCCCCAGGGCGGAGCGAGGAGGCUGGACGUCAUCUGGGCCCGGCCGGGGGUCAGGGGUCACGCGGAGACGGAGGCCGCUGCCUCCUCUAGUCGGGCCUCUAAUUCAUCUCCGCAGGCUGAAGUGUGGAAAUUAACUUUGGGCUGCUCCGCCGAGGCUGCCUGCCUGAUUAAUCACUUGUCAGACGUCUGAUCGCCGACCGGACAGGCAAUAAUGAACAGUGCAGCCAAGACGCCAGCACCAGGCGAGCUCCACUGCACCUUAAUCAACACAGGGAAUGAUCUCUGCAAUUAGAACAGGAGGCUGCUCUAUGCAGAUAUGCAAGCCUCUGUGUAUUUAUAUAUACGUAAUAUAUAUAUGGUUUUAAGAUAAUUAUGUCACACGUUUGAUCCUAUAUAUGUAUUUGACCAAGCUUUUGCACUUCAGGAAAUGUAAACAAAAUGCAGCUCACUGUUCUUCACAGGGCUCGUUCUACCUCGGUUUGUUUUUCCUUUUAUACACGUUGCAGUUUUUAAGUAGCUAUGAUACAUUUUCACUUCAACUUGUUUAUCGGACGAUAAACCAGCACAAUCAAAGUCAUUUAUUUUAUGUGAUGUUCAUACAUGUGUCUUAGACAUUUUAGAGAGAUUACACUUAUUUUAUUUAAAAACAAACCCAAUAAAAUGUAAUGUCAUCAAGUAUUAUUUAUAAAUGGAGUAAUAAAAGUUGUGGUGAUAGUA